CACAUCAUAGAUACGUUUCUUGGUUUCACCUUCAUUUGACUGUGUUUGUCUCUACUGCCCCCAACAAACUUUGCCCAUUUUCAACUGAAAACAACUUCCUCUCUUUUCAUCUUCACUUUCCUCCCUUUCUCUCUCCCCAAACCAAAUCAUCAAACCAAUUGCUUAUGUGAGAAAUCAUCAAUGGCGUCAUCUUGCAGGUUUUUGGUCCCUCUACUUAUGAUCCAGGUGCUUUUUCUAGGUUCUUUGCUUAUUUUAGUGAAUGCUGAUUCUGGGUCUUCCUCGUUCUCUGAUUCAAUACUCAGGAGAAAACACUCAACAGAGUAUUGUUCCAUGUAUGAUAUUUGUGGAGAGCGCAGCGAUGGGAGAGUUUUAAAUUGUCCUGACAGUUCUCCUUCAAAAAAGCCUGAUGAUCUCUUUUCUGCGAAAAUUCAGAGUUUGUGUCCUACCAUAAGUGGGAAUGUUUGUUGUACAGAACGUCAGUUUGACACAUUGCGGUCACAAGUUCAACAAGCGAUUCCUUUACUUGUGAGUUGCCCCGCUUGCUUGAGGAACUUCUUGAAUCUUUUCUGCGAGCUUUCAUGCUCCCCAAAUCAGAGUCAAUUCAUUAAUGUUACUUCCAUCGGCAAGGUAAAUGGUAACUUGACUGUAGAUGGCAUUGCAUAUUAUGUGUCUGAAGAUUUUGGUGAAGGACUAUAUAACUCUUGUAAGGAUGUAAAAUUCGGAAGUAUGAACACAAGAGCCAUAGAUUUUGUUGGGGCUGGUGCGAAGAGUUACAAAGAAUGGUUUGCAUUCCUUGGUCAGAAGGCAGGACUGGGCAUGCCCGGAUCUCCAUACUCCAUGGAUUUUCAGACUAAGGCUCCUGAAUCAUCCGGAAUGCAGCUUAUGGAUGUGUCUACCUACUCUUGCAACGACACUUCGCUGGGCUGCUCAUGUGGUGACUGUCCUUCAUCACCUGUGUGCUCAAGUUCAGAACCUCCCCAUUCACAUACAAAGGAGUCCUGCUCAGUAAAGCUGGGUUUUUUUGAGGUGAAAUGCAUUGACUUGGCAAUGGCCAUCCUCUUUAUUGUGUUGGUUUCUGCCUUUCUUGGAUGGGGGUUCUUCUACAAAGAAACUGAAAGAACUGGUCCUGCCUCUAGUACGAAGCCUUUGUUGAGUAAAGUUGACUCCUUUGAUGAGGAAAAUGAAGAUACCCCGGACGUGAAGGAUACUGAGACAGCUCCACAGUCCCAGUCUACUGUUCAAGUAUUUAUGAUUGAUGUUUUUAGGAAGUAUGGGCUGUGGGUUGCAAGGAAUCCUACUCUUGUACUGUGCUCCUCAAUCGCUGUAGUUCUUGUUCUUUGCUUGGGUUUACUACGUUUCAAAGUUGAGACUCGACCUGAAAAGUUAUGGGUAGGUCCUGGAAGUAAGGCAGCUGAAGAGAAGCAUUUCUUCGACACUCACCUAGCUCCUUUCUAUAGGAUUGAACAGGUUAUAUUGGCAACCAUGCCAGAUCCGCAGAGUGGAAAAUCUCCCAGUAUUUUAACAGAGGAUAAUAUGCAGUUGCUUUUUGAUAUCCAGCAAAAGGUUGAUGAACUUAAAGUGAACUAUUCAGGAUCUAUGGUAUCUUUGUCUGAUAUUUGUUUAAAGCCUCUAGGGGAGGAUUGUGCCAUCCAGAGUAUCCUUCAGUAUUUCCAGAUGGAUCCUGACAAUUAUGAUGAUUAUGGAGGAAUUCAGCAUGCUUUAUAUUGCUUUCAGCACACAUCCUCCGACACAUGUUUGAGCGCUUUUAAAGGUCCCCUUGACCCAAGCACUGCCUUGGGGGGAUUUUCCGGGAAUAAUUUUUCUGAGGCUACUGCAUUUGUGGUAACUUACCCAGUCACUAAUACGGUAGCUGAGUCAAGUGACGCGAAUGAGAAGGCUGUGGAAUGGGAAAGGGCUUUCAUUAAGCUGGCCAAGGAGGAACUGUUGCCCAUGGUGCUGUCUAGCAAUCUCACUUUAUCUUUUUCUUCUGAAAGCUCAAUUGAAGAUGAACUAAAACGAGAAAGCUAUGCUGAUGUUUUAACAAUUUCAAUAAGCUAUCUUGUGAUGUUUGCUUACAUAUCACUUACACUGGGAGACAGGCCACGCUUGUCCUCGUUUUACAUUUCAUCCAAGGUUUUACUGGGUCUUUCAGGAGUUGUGGUUGUUAUAUUAUCUGUUCUUGGCUCAGUUGGUUUCUUCAGCGCCUUUGGAGUGAAGUCAACAUUAAUAAUACUGGAAGUCAUCCCCUUUCUCGUGUUGGCUGUUGGAGUUGAUAACAUGUGCAUAUUGGUACACGCUGCAAAACGCCAGCCAAUCGAAAUUUCUUUAGAAGAACGAAUAAGCAAUGCCCUUGUUGAGGUUUGUCCAUCUAUAACACUCGCCAGUUUGUCUGAGGUCUUGGCAUUUACAGUGGGAGCUUUCAUUACUAUGCCAGCAUGCCAAGUUUUCUCCAUGUUUGCAGCUUUGGCUGUCUUUCUGGACUUUCUUCUUCAACUUAGUGCCUUUGUAGCACUGAUAGUUUUGGACUUCCAGAGAGCUGAAGACUUCAGAAUUGACUGUUUUCCUUGCAUUAAAAUUUCUUCAGCUUCUGUGGGAUUAAACAGAGGGAUUGAUCAGAGAACUCCAGGUCUGCUUACUCGAUACAUGAAGGAAAUUCAUGCACCCAUUCUUUUACGCCGUGGAGUUAAAGUAGUUAUUCUUAUACUGUUUUCUGGUUUUGCUUUGGCAGGCAUUGCUUUGUGCCCCAGGAUUGAGCCAGGGUUGGAGCAACAGAUUGCUCUUCCACGUGAUUCAUAUCUGCAGGGCUAUUUUAGUAAUAUUUCAGAGCAUCUCAGAGUUGGACCUCCCCUAUAUUUUGUUGUAAAGGAUUAUAACUACAGCUCCAAAUCAAGGCAUACAAAUCAGUUGUGUUCGAUUAGCAAGUGUGACUCAAAUUCUGUUCUAAAUGAGAUAUCAAGAGCAUCUUUGACACCAGAAUCUAGCUACAUUGCUAAACCAGCAGCGUCAUGGCUUGACGAUUUUCUUGUGUGGUUAUCACCUGAAGCUUUUGGUUGUUGCCGAAAGUUUGUGAAUGAGAGUUAUUGUCCUCCUGAUGAUCAGCCUCCUUGCUGUUCACCUGAUGAAGGUCCUUGUGGUUAUGGGGGAGUUUGUGAAGAUUGUACAACAUGCUUUCGCCAUGCAGACCUGGACGGUGAUCGCCCUUCUACUACACAGUUUAGAGAAAAGCUCCCGUGGUUCCUCGAUGCGUUGCCUUCUGCUGAUUGUGCUAAGGGCGGUCAUGGAGCCUACACAACUAGUUUGGACUUGACUGGUUAUGAGAGUGGUGUUAUAAAAGCCUCUGAGUUUCGGACAUAUCACACACCAGUCAACAAACAGAGUGACUAUGUCAACGCACUGCGUGCUGCCCGUGAAUUUAGCUCAAAAAUUUCUGACUCGCUGAAGAUUGAUGUCUUUCCAUAUUCGGUCUUCUAUAUAUUUUUCGAGCAGUAUUUGGACAUUUGGACAACUGCUCUGAUCAACCUAGCUAUUGCCCUUGGUGCUGUUUUUGUCGUGUGCCUAGUCAUAACAUCCAGUUUGUGGAGUUCAGCCAUCAUUUUGCUUGUUUUAACCAUGAUUUUGGUGGAUCUCAUGGGUGUUAUGGCUAUUCUGGGUAUCCAACUGAACGCCGUAUCAGUUGUCAACCUUAUCAUGUCAGUCGGAAUUGCUGUUGAGUUCUGUGUUCAUAUAACACAUGCCUUUUCGGUCAGCCACGGUGACAGGAACCAGCGAGCAGAGGAGGCUCUAGGCACUAUGGGAGCUUCUGUUUUCAGUGGAAUCACACUGACGAAGCUGGUUGGAGUUAUCGUCCUGUGCUUUGCAAAAUCAGAAAUUUUUGUGGUUUAUUACUUUCAAAUGUACUUGGCGUUAGUUAUCAUUGGUUUCCUGCACGGACUCAUCUUUUUGCCUGUAUUGCUAAGUUUGAUCGGGCCACCACCGAGAAGCAAUGCAUGCAGACAGAGUGCUAGAAGCUCCUGAUUGAGCUGAUUGCACCUUGAGUAGCAGUUGCUCGUACUUUUCUAACCAAUCCUUGGAUUAUUUUGCUUCUAACUUUGCACAUUGUGGAUCUUCUGCUGGAUUCUUUUAUUGUCUAGUAUGAAGUGUCAACUUAGACAACUGUCUUCUUUGCACCUAACGUGCUUCCUGUAAAAGAAACUCAAUAUGGUAACUGUUGUUCCAAGAUAGAGGUUCUUAGUGCAAGUUUCAAUUACAUGUUCAAAGGGUAUAAACACAGAUCAGCCUCUCUGAUACUCGCACAUUAUUAGUGUAAAUGUUAUUAUAACAAAAACUUCUGCUGUUAUCUUUUUUUUGUGGUGAUAUACUUCAGAUGGUUCAUUAAUCUUCUUAUAAUGCGUAUAUACCUUGAUUCA